AUGUCAGAUCCAAACAAGAAGUUAGAACAACUCUCAUUACAAUUCUCAAAUCAUCAACAAAGUCUAAAUGAUCUAAUCACAUCACGAUCAACUUUAGAAACUCAAUUACAAGAAAAUAAAAUUGUUGAACAGGAGUUGGCGGAGUUAUCAACAUCCACGGACAAGAUUUAUAAAUUGACUGGACCUGUGUUGUUGCCUCAGGAAUUUCAUGAAGCUAAAUUGAAUGUUGAUAAACGGAUCGAGUUUAUACUGGAGGAGAUUAAACGGGUGGAAAAGAAGAUUGAUAAUGAGGAAGUGGAAAUGGACAAGAUUAGAAGUGAGCUAAUUGCUUUUCGGACACAACAAGCUCAGGCGUAA